AGGGGGUGAACCCACCCUUCUGUAGUGACUAAGAAAUUGCUUCAAAAAAAGGUUGAGAGAGUUUCUCUCCUAGGUCCUGCGACCUAGCCCCCUUUUUUCCAUUCGAAUCAUGGGUUCAUAGUUUCGAUUUUGAGCGUUUGAUGUUUGGAAUCGGCGUGUUGUUGCUGUUUAAGUCAGAAUCUUGUUCCCAACCUUUUUCCGACCUUGGAUUCGAGCUUGGCUUGUUGAUUUGCACACAAAAUCGCUGGCUGGACUGUCGCGAUUUUACUGUUCAUAACUUCGGUUUAGGGCCGAAUACCUGAUCUUGGCUGCGUAUCUCUGCAUUUCGGAACUGGUUUGGCUUCCCCCAUCUCAGGGCGAACCUAACCAACCUUUUUCUCGGUGUCUGAAGCUCAUUUUUCCUCGAACUGCUUGUACGCCAGUGCAUUCUACUUUCUACGCAGAUGGCGAGGAAGAAACAGGGACUUGGUGAGGUUUCAGAGGCAAGGGUGACCAGGUCGAGGUUCACGUUGCUGGAGAACGAAUUUCCAGGUCUUUCACCUGAACGAACUCCGGAGGAAGAUGUUCAGGGCAUUGAUGGGUACGUUGCAAUGAAACCUGCGCUGGUAGUUAAACCUGGGAAGGAACCUUCUGCUGGGAAAUCAACGGCACCUGCUACUGAAGAUAAAUCCACUGGGAAACCACCUGGGACUUCUGUUAUAACCACUGGGAAACCAACUGCCACUAAAGCCAUUGCUGUUGAUGAACUGCCACAAACUGCAGGGAAGAAAUCUGUUGCCUUAUUUCCUGGGAAACUUGCUGCAAUUGAGGCCACUUCUGGGAAUCCAACUGUUGUUUUGUUGCCUGGAAAACCUGCUGCAAUUGGGGCUUUUGCUGGGAAGCCAACUGCUGCUAAAGAUGCUGGGAAAACUGUUGCUAAAGAUGCUGGGAGCGUGAGUAAUGUCACUGCUACUGCACCUGAAGCAGUAACUUUUGUUGCAGCAGGUUCACCUAAAAUGCCAGAAAAGAAGCAAUGGAAUACUUUGUUUAAAGACAAUCGAGCUCCUUCCGAAGGGCUGAAACUGAGAUAUAUUCCACCAACUAGUGAUAUGCUUGAUUUUUCAGACCGUGUGCUACCUUCAAUGGUGGAUAUCUUUGGCUACUGUUUGGUGGGGUUUUUCACGGGAAGGUUUCCUGGUUUAAAGGCAACCUAUAGCCUCACACAAAAAUGGGGAGUUCACUGUCAAGUCAAACCACAUGAUAAAGGCUGGGUUGUUUUUAAAUUCAAGAACGAAGCUGAUAGGACUAAGGUUAUGCUUGAGGGGCCCUAUAUCCUCUAUGGAAAGUUGUUGGUUUUGAAGGUCCUGUCCGAUGAUUUUUCCUUUGAAGAUGAUGAGUUCUUGAAAGUGCCGAUUUGGAUAAAAUUCCCUAAACUCCCCGUGAGGUUGUGGAAUGAGGACACUAUUAGCGAAGUUGCUUCUAAGGUUGGUAUUCCACUCACCACGGAUAGGAUAACGCUUGAAAGAGCAAACCACAACUUCGCUAGAGUUCUAAUUGAAGUGGACGUGUCAAAGCCACCUCCCUUCUCCUUUCCAAUCAAGAUGGCAUCGGGUAGGAUUUUUGAGCAGCGGGUCCUCUAUGAAACUUUCCCGAAUUACGGUUUCCAUUGCAAACUUUACGGUCAUCAUCCUUUCAUCUGCAAGCAUCUAGCAGAUAAAGAAAAGACUGAAACUGCCUGUGCAAAGUCGGUGCUUGAUCCCAUGUCUGCUGCUGCGGUUGAAGUUAAUACAGAUACUCUUCAACCUGCUCAAGUUAUUGUUAAUGCCGAACCGUGCACUGCUGCCUUGGUUACUGUUGAACCGUGCACUGCUACUUUGGUUGCUGCGGAAGUUUUUUCUGCUGCUGCUAUUAUUGAAGGCCAGCCUAGCCACCAGCCUGCUGCUGCAACUUACCCGACCGGGCACUGCCCUAGCCCGACCGGGUCUUCUGGGCAGGUAGUGUCCCAGGGGUCUGCCAGCGCGGUUUUUGUCGGUGCCACAUAUUUGCACACUGAUCAGGGAGUUGCAAGGUCAGAGCCUACCGCCCAGGGGUCUCCCAACGAUGAUGAGUGCUCCGAUACUGAGUGGGAAGAUACUGAGAGGUUUGUUGUGGAUGCAAAAUAUUUGAGGAUUGAUGAUGUUGUUGUCAGAGUUGUGAUCACCAAAGGUAAGACAUUCAAGUUCAUUGUCAAACCAUUUACGUUCGUGCACUCGAGUGUGGUUAGAGUGGAUUCUUCGCUUCGGCUUACGGACGAUUUGGAUGCGAAGGGCCUUACUUUCUUGACCAAAUGUCUCGAGGCGAUGCCGGGAGUUACUAAAAAGAAAGGGGAUAUCUGUUUUGACUCAAGGUUCACUUCUCCUUUUCGAGCUUUCCUUGGAGUUUAAAUUAGGGAUACCUAAUUUUAUUUUGUGGUAGCUUGAUUGUAGCUUUGAAUCUUUUGUGUUUGAGCUUAUUUUGUUGAAUUUAGGAGGAUGUUUUUCUCGAUUAUGUGGUAUCCUAUAUACUAGGAUAUGCACUUUUAUUGUAACAUUAACUUGUUAUUUUCUUGGGUGUUAAUAUAUACUUACAUUUCAUCCAAAAA